AUGUUUUUUUUACGUACUAUUUUAAUUAAUGUUGCUUUCCUAACAUGCGUGAGCGCUGUUUCACUGAAGUUUAAUGAUCCAUUAAUUGCUCAAGAAGGUUUGGGAUGGCCCAACAGCCUACAAGUAGCUGAAGGUCAUGAAGCUUUGAUGAAAUUGGCUGUGACCUUAGAGAAUCAGGGGUCGUGUGUAAUAACAACCCCAGGUGGUGUAACUUUUGAUAUUGACUCGCCGCCAAGCAACAGAUUUUCGCGAUGGGACGAAACUUGUAGUGUAAAAGUGACAGAAGUCAGAGACGGUGAUACGGGAAGAUGGCGGCUGACUGCCACUGGUGACAAUACCACCGUCAGGGGGUGGACGGAAGUUCAUGUAAUAGAAGAACUACCCCCGACAAUAGCUCCACCAAUAAUCCUACGGGAUGGCAAAAGUGAAGUGAAAAUAGAUCUAUCAACUGAAGACAAUUCAUACUGUUUAGUUGCGAAACCGUUUUCUGACAGUGCUCUAGUACCAGGACCUAUUUGUUCAGUAACCCUAGAUAGAACAACGAGAGCUGUACAGGGAACCUGGGAUGUCCUUUUGGGAGUCCCGGGUAGAAUGGCGGAGGUACCAAUGAGGAGAGAGGUUGUUGUUGAAGCGGAACGCUUGGAUGUUGGUUAUAUCCAUGAUAAUAAUAAGCUGCACUUAUAUUGCAAUAUUUUGCAUACGGAGAAAAAUAUUACCUUUUGUCGAUUUCAAAGAACAUCUAAAUUAUUUGGAUAUAAUGUGGUUGAUGGAUUAAGCGAUGGUAAACACAGUUAUUAUGGGAAAGGCUUCCUUAGAAGAGAGUGCGGAAUCACGAUCCAGAAUCCAAUAGCGGAUGACUUCGGGUCGUGGCGAUGUACCCUUGGUGUCAAUAUGUGGGUGGACAAAGUAAUUAAAGAACAACCACCUAUGCAGGCCUUGAUCAGCGUGGCUCCUAACUUUAGAGGUUUGUUAUAUUAA